GUCCCUGUUCAUCAUGGCUGCCGUAUGUGCUGGUCUGCACAGUAACGCUCUGCUCGGAGACUGACUCUCCGCUCCUUUAGUGCCUCACAUUUACUGUCUCCACCCUCGACAUUUCGGCAAACAAUCCCGCUUGCACGAGCCCAAACCUCCCUGGUUGUGUUGUCUCAUAAUAACGAGCCUUCAUCAAGCAUUUCGUCGGGCCUUAAACACCCCCCUUAAAAAGACCGAGAGAAAAACAGGCAACAUUUUAUUUCUCCAAUGGUCUGAAUACACUUUCCGCCUUUAUGAACCAUGUGUGAGAACUGCGCCGAGCUGCUGGAGGUGCUCAAUGAGAUCUCGGAUGCAGACAGCUCAGACGGCCUGCAGCUGAAGAAGGAGCAUGCCUUAAGAGUCUUCACUUACAUCAGCACAUGGACACAGAGGCAGUGUCUGUGCUGUUUCAAGGAAUACAAACACCUCGAGGUGUUCAGCCAACUGGUUUAUGCCCUCAUUAACUUGGUCAUUGCCCAAGUAACCAACCUUAGGGACGGUCUACACAGUGGCCAUGGCAACACUAGGACUGAGGGGGUGUCUGAAUGGGGCUCCGCCCAGCCACAGCUGUCGCCCAGUGAGGAUGAGCCACUGAAUGUGGAACGGGACUCAGCUGAAGAAGAUGGUGGAGUGGAGGAUGGAGAUCAGCACAAGAACCAAAUUCAGGGGGUCAAACCGGAUCCCAAGCCCAAGCUCAGUGAACCCACGGGGGGCGAGAGCGGGAACGAGAGCAGCCUGGACCCGUUUGCAUCCUGGAGCACAGAAGACCAGGAGAAACUGCUGCUGUGUGCUGCCAAGAUCUUUCAGAUCCAGUUCCCCCUGUACACGGCCUACAAACACAACACACACGCCACUAUAGAGCUCAGUGAACCCACGGGGGGCGAGAGCGGGAACGAGAGCAGCCUGGACCCGUUUGCAUCCUGGAGCACAGAAGACCAGGAGAAACUGCUGCUGUGUGCUGCCAAGAUCUUUCAGAUCCAGUUCCCCCUGUACACGGCCUACAAACACAACACACACGCCACUAUAGAGGAUAUCUCGGCACAAGAGAGCAAUAUCCUCGGCUCUUUCUGUGAUAUGAAUGAUGUGGAGGUCCCUCUGCAUCUGCUGCGAUAUGUGUGUAUGUUCUGCGGGAAGCACGGCCUCUCUCUGAUGAAGGACUGCUUUGAGUUCGGCGCUCCUGACACUCUCCCCUUCCCCAUCGCACAUGCCUUCAUCACCAUCGUCUCUAACAUCAGAAUAUGGUUGCACAUUCCCGCUGUGAUGCAGCACAUCAUCCCUUUUCGCACAUACGUUAUCAGGUAUCUGUGUAAUUUGUCGGAUCAGGAGCUGCGUCAGAGCGCGGCGCGUAACAUGGCCGAUCUGAUGUGGAGCACGGUGAAGGAGCCGCUGGACAGCGCGCUGUGUUUUGACAGAGAGAGUUUGGAUCUGGCCUUCAAAUACUUCAUGAGUCCAACGCUCACUAUGAGACUGGCCGGCCUGAGCCAGAUCACGAAUCAGCUGCACACCUUCAAUGACGUCUGUAAUAACGAGUCCCUGGUGUCUGACACUGAGACGUCGAUAGCAAAGGAACUCGCUGAUUGGCUCAUCAACAACAAUGUUGUAGAGCACAUAUUUGGACCAAAUUUGCACAUUGAGAUCAUUAAACAGUGCCAAGUGAUCCUGAACUUCCUGGCAGCCGAGGGCAGGCUGAGCACUCAACAUGUAGACUGUAUAUGGGCCGCAGCUCAGCUGAAACACUGCAGUCGCUACAUCCAUGACCUGUUCCCCUCACUCAUAAAGAACCUGGACCCUGUUCCUCUGCGGCACGUGCUCAGUCUGGUGUCAGGGUUACACCCCAGCGCACACACUGAACAGACGCUGUAUUUGGCAUCCAUGCUGAUCAAGGCCUUGUGGAAUAACGCUUUGGCAGCCAAAACUCAGCUGUCCAAACAGAGCUCCUUCGCCUCCCUGCUCAACACCAACAUUCCCAUGGGCAACAAGAAAGGUUCUCCUGCAGGAAGCCCGGAGAGCAGUGACAACAGCGACACGCAUCACAGUGGAGGAAGUGACAUGGAGAUGGACGAGCCAAUCAUGAGCAGUGGAAAACGAGGGCAGCAGAGGCUGUCGGACACGGAGGAGUCUCUGCAGGGCAGUUCAGACGAGACGGCCAACAGCGGCGAGGAGGGCAGUAGCAGCGGCCGCAGCGAGGCGUCCAGCAAUGAGGCUGGAUCCAGCCGAGCCAGCCAAUCAGCAGGCAGCCCGGGCAGCGAGCUGCACUCCGAUGACAUGGCUGACAGCGAGGCCCUGAAGGAAGAGGAAGAGGAGGAGGAAGAAGAAGAGGAUGACGACGAGGAUGAUGAAGACGACGAUGAGGACGAUGAAGACGACAGGCCAGCUGUCGCCUCCGAGGAGCACACUCUGAAACACUGCAGUCGCUACAUCCAUGACCUGUUCCCCUCACUCAUAAAGAACCUGGACCCUGUUCCUCUGCGGCACGUGCUCAGUCUGGUGUCAGGGUUACACCCCAGCGCACACACCGAACAGACACUGUAUUUGGCGUCCAUGUUGAUCAAGGCCUUGUGGAAUAACGCUUUGGCAGCCAAAACUCAGCUGUCCAAACAGAGCUCCUUCGCCUCCCUGCUCAACACCAACAUUCCCAUGGGCAACAAGAAAGGUUCUCCUGCAGGAAGCCCGGAGAGCAGUGACAACAGCGACACGCAUCACAGUGGAGGAAGUGACAUGGAGAUGGACGAGCCAAUCAUGAGCAGUGGAAAGCGAGGGCAGCAGAGGCUGUCGGACACGGAGGAGUCUCUGCAGGGCAGUUCAGACGAGACGGCCAACAGCGGCGAGGAGGGCAGUAGCAGCGGCCGCAGCGAGGCGUCCAGCAAUGAGGCUGGAUCCAGCCGAGCCAGCCAAUCAGCAGGCAGCCCGGGCAGCGAGCUGCACUCCGACGACAUGGCUGACAGCGAGGCCCUGAAGGAAGAGGAAGAGGAGGAGGAAGAAGAAGAGGAUGACGACGAGGAUGAUGAAGACGACGAUGAGGACGAUGAAGACGACAGGCCAGCUGUCGCCUCCGAGGGCAGCCCUCAGAAAGAAACCCGAGACUCCAGGGAGCCGUCUACAUCAGAGCUGCGCAAACGUAAAGCCGGCGAAGCGCUCGGAGAGGUCCAGGGUCCUCCGGAGCGACCCGGAAUUCCACCCGGCAUUCCCGGCUCCAUCGCCUCCACUCCCGGACUUUCCAAAACCAAAUCCAUUCCCUUCACCCCCGAGGCAGCCGCUGCCAUGGUAGCCUCGUCUUCCCUUAGGAUCCUUGAGCCUUGUUCUUCUUCAUCCAUGUGCCUGGAGGAAACGUCAGGAGAGCAGGCUGAUCCCUCCUCACAUUCCCAAUCCCAGAACCCCCAGCAACCUCAGCAGGGCGGCACAGAGAUGGGCUCCUCACACGGAGCGUCUGUUUCCCAGGAGCCAGCCUGCAUGCCUCGACCGGCAGACUUCCUGACGGAGGCCAUGGGCAACGAGACAAGUCCAGCAGUGCACAAACAUCAGUACUCUUCACACGCGGUGACCGACAUCAACCUGGACAACGUCUGCAAGAACGGAAACACCCUUCUGUGGGACCUGGUCCAGGACGAUAGUGCGAUCCACCUGUCGGAAGGCUUGAUCAAUGAGGCAGAGAAGCUGUUGUGUUCUCUGGUCUGCUGGUUCACUGACCGUCAGAUCCGCAUGCGUUUCAUCGAUGGCUGUCUGGAGAACCUCGCCAACCACCGGUCAGUGGUGGUGUCUUUGCGUUUGCUGCCAAAGCUCUUUGGGACCUUCCAGCAGUUCGGCUCCAGCUACGACACUCAUUGGAUAACCAUGUGGGCGGAAAAGGAGCUGCACAUGAUGAAGCUCUUUUUUGAUGAUCUGUUACACUAUAUCCAGGAAGUGAGAGAGCAGCGCCACAAAUUCGCUUUGUACAGUCACAGUGCGGAGGUGCAGGUGCGUCUGCAGUUCCUCACCUGUGUGUUCUCAACGCUCGGAUCACCUGACCACUUCAGGUUGAGUCUGGAGCAGGUGGACAUCCUGUGGCACUGUUUAGUGGAGGACUCUGAGUGUUACGACGACGCCCUGCACUGGUUCCUAAACCAGGUCCGCAGUAAAGACCAGCACGCCAUGGGCAUGGAGACAUACAAACACCUCUUCCUGGAGAAGAUGCCUCAGCUGAAGCCGGAGACGAUCAGCAUGACGGGACUCAAUUUGUUUCAGCAUCUGUGUAAUCUGGCUCGUCUGGCCACCAGCGCCUACGACAGCAGCUCCAACUGCGAGUUGUGUGGUAUGGAUCAGCUGUGGGGAAUCGCGCUGAGGGCUCAGUCUGCAGACAUCAGCCGCGCUGCCAUCCAGUACAUCAACUCCUAUUACAUCAGCGGUCCAGCAGUGCACAAACAUCAGUACUCUUCACACGCGGUGACCGACAUCAACCUGGACAACGUCUGCAAGAACGGAAACACCCUUCUGUGGGACCUGGUCCAGGACGAUAGUGCGAUCCACCUGUCGGAAGGCUUGAUCAAUGAGGCAGAGAAGCUGUUGUGUUCUCUGGUCUGCUGGUUCACUGACCGUCAGAUCCGCAUGCGUUUCAUCGAUGGCUGUCUGGAGAACCUCGCCAACCACCGGUCAGUGGUGGUGUCUUUGCGUUUGCUGCCAAAGCUCUUUGGGACCUUCCAGCAGUUCGGCUCCAGCUACGACACUCAUUGGAUAACCAUGUGGGCGGAAAAGGAGCUGCACAUGAUGAAGCUCUUUUUUGAUGAUCUGUUACACUAUAUCCAGGAAGUGAGAGAGCAGCGCCACAAAUUCGCUUUGUACAGUCACAGUGCGGAGGUGCAGGUGCGUCUGCAGUUCCUCACCUGUGUGUUCUCAACGCUCGGAUCACCUGACCACUUCAGGUUGAGUCUGGAGCAGGUGGACAUCCUGUGGCACUGUUUAGUGGAGGACUCUGAGUGUUACGACGACGCCCUGCACUGGUUCCUAAACCAGGUCCGCAGUAAAGACCAGCACGCCAUGGGCAUGGAGACAUACAAACACCUCUUCCUGGAGAAGAUGCCUCAGCUGAAGCCGGAGACGAUCAGCAUGACGGGACUCAAUUUGUUUCAGCAUCUGUGUAAUCUGGCUCGUCUGGCCACCAGCGCCUACGACAGCAGCUCCAACUGCGAGUUGUGUGGUAUGGAUCAGCUGUGGGGAAUCGCGCUGAGGGCUCAGUCUGCAGACAUCAGCCGCGCUGCCAUCCAGUACAUCAACUCCUAUUACAUCAGCGGUAAAACGGGUCUGGAGAAGGAGCAGGAGUUCAUCAGUAAGUGUAUGGAGAGCUUGAUGAUGGCGUCUGCUAACCUGGAGAAAGAUGCCCACUCCAGCCUGACCAUCAUAGAGAGAGGACUGCUGCUGCUCAAAACACACCUGGAGGCCUUCAGACGCAGGUUUGCGUAUCACCUGCGGCAGUGGCAGAUCGAGGGCACGGGCAUCAGCAGUCAUUUGAAAGCUCUCAGUGAUAAACAGUCUCUCCCGCUCAGGAUCGUGUGUCAGCCAGCAGGACUGCCUGACAAGAUGACCAUUGAGAUGUACGCCAGCGAUCAGGUGGCUGAUCUGAGGGCAGAGGUCACGCACUGGUAUGAGAACCUUCAGAAGGAUCAGCUCAGCCAGCAGGCACAGCUGCAGGAGUUCGGUCAGACCAGCCGCCAGCAGGACUUCCCAGGUACAUGCACACAGAAAACACACACACACACACUCUCUAUUGGACGACUAUAUCUGCUCUACGCUUUAGAAAUCAUAGAGGCCCUCGGCAAACCCAACCGCAGGAUUCACCGCGAGUCUACGGGCAGUUACAGUGAUCUGUAUCCAGACUCUGACGACUCCAGUGAGGAACAGAUCGAGAACAGCAAGAACACUUGGAGUUGUAAGUUUGUGACGUCUGGAGGUCUUCAGCUUCUGCUGGACAUUUUUAACUCUGCAAUUUUAGAGCCGAAAGAGCAAGAGUCCUGGACUGUGUGGUUGUUGGACUGUCUCGCGUGUCUGCUGAAGCUCAUUUGUCAGUUCGCGGUGGAUCCGGCCGAUCUGGACCUGGCCUAUCAUGAUGUUUUCGCCUGGUCUGGUCUCACGGACACACAGAGGAAGAGGGCGUGGCCAGGGAAGUCCCGCAAAGCCGCGGGGGAUCAUGGGAAGGGCCUGCAUAUACCUCGUCUCACCGAGGUUUUCCUAAGUCUUGUGCAAGGCACCAACCUCAUCCAGCGGCUCAUCAACGUGACCUACACAUACGACAAUCUGGCGCACAGGGUUUUGAAGGCCCAAUCAGAUCACAGAUCCAGACACGAGGUGACUCAUUACUCCAUGUGGCUGCUGGGGAGCUGGGCUCACUGCUGUUCUCUGGUGAAAUCCAGCCUGGCUGAUAGUGAACAUCUGCACGACUGGCUCAAGAAGCUCACGCUGCUCAUACCUGAGACGGCGGUGCGUCAGGAGGCGUGCAGUGGUCUGUAUAAGCUGUCUCUGUCAGGUCUGGAGGGGGGAGAAUCCAUCAAUAGAUCCUUCUUGCUGCUCGCUGCGUCCACACUGCUCAAGUUCCUGCCAGACGCACAAGCGCUUAAACCCCUGAGAGUGGAGGAUUUUGAGGAGGAGGCCAUGUUUCGCACCGGCUGUAAGGAGUAUUUCUGGCUGCUCUGUAAGCUCAUCGACAACAUCCAUGUGAAAGACACUAGUCAGACCACCCUGCUGGACCUGGACGCUCUUGCGCGACACCUCGCCGACUGCAUCCGCAGUCGUGAGAUUUUGGACCAGCAGGACGGGGCGAUCGAGGACGACGGUCUGACGGGUCUCCUGCGUCUCGCCACCAGCGUCCUGAAGCACAAGCCUCCCUUUAAGUUUUCUCGGGAGGGUCAGGAGUUCCUCAGGGACACGUAUGACCUGCUGUUCCUGCUGCCCAGCCUGAAGGACCGACAGCAGCCCAAAUGCAAGAGUCCCGCGGCCCGCGCCGCAGCCUACGACCUGCUGGUGGAGGUGGUCAAGGGUUCGGUGGAGAACUACAGACUGCUGCACAACUGGGUCAUGUCGCAGCACAUGCAGGCAUCUCAUGCGCCAUAUAAAUGGGAUUACUGGCCCCAUGAUGAUGUCCGAGCCGAGUGUCGUUUUGUGGGAUUGACUAACCUGGGCGCCACGUGUUACCUAGCCUCCACCAUCCAGCAGCUCUACAUGAUCCCAGAGGCCAGACAGGCCGUCUUUACCGCUAAAUAUUCAGAGGACAUUAAGCAUAAGACCACAUUGCUGGAGCUGCAGAAGAUGUUCACUUAUCUAAUGGAGAGCGAGAGGAAGGCGUACAACCCUCGUCCAUUCUGUAAGACCUACACGAUGGACAAACAGCCUCUGAACACAGGAGAGCAGAAAGACAUGACCGAGUUCUUCACAGACCUCAUCACCAAGAUAGAGGAGAUGUCUCAGGACCUGAAAAACACAGUCAAAACGCUGUUUGGAGGCGUCAUCACCAACAAUGUGGUUUCACUGGACUGUGAUCACGUGAGUCAGACGGCUGAGGAGUUUUACACCGUCAGAUGCCAGGUGGCUGAUAUGAAGAACAUCUAUGAGUCUCUGGACGAGGUGACCAUUAAGGACACUCUGGAGGGCGAUAACAUGUACACCUGCUCUCAGUGUGGGAAGAAAGUCCGCGCUGAAAAACGGGCUUGUUUUAAGAAGCUCCCGCGGAUCUUGAGCUUUAACACCAUGCGCUACACGUUCAACAUGGUGACCAUGAUGAAGGAAAAAGUAAACACGCACUUUUCUUUCCCGCUGCGGCUCGACAUGACGCCGUACACCGAGGACUUCCUCAUGGCCAAAGGAGACAGGAAGGAAGGUUUCCGUGACGACAGUGAUGCCAAAGUGGCUGAGAGUUACGAGUAUGACCUCAUCGGAGUGACGGUGCACACGGGCACGGCGGACGGCGGCCAUUAUUACAGCUUCAUCAGGGACAUCGUCAACCCUCACGCUUACCGCAAUAACAAAUGGUAUCUGUUUAACGACGCUGAGGUGAAGCCGUUUGAUUCGGCCCAGCUGGCCUCAGAGUGUUUUGGUGGAGAGAUGACAACAAAAACAUACGACUCUGUCACAGAUAAGUUCAUGGAUUUCUCCUUUGAAAAGACCCACAGUGCCUACAUGCUGUUCUAUAAGAGAGUGGAGGUGGAGGAAGAGAAUGAGAAGGACUUGAACUUUGACAUUUCUCCUGAUCUUCUGGAGUGGAUCUGGCACGACAACAUGCAGUUUCUCCAGGACAAGAACAUCUUUGAACACACAUACUUCGGUUUUAUGUGGCAGCUGUGCAGCAGUAUUCCCAGCACUUUAGCGGAUCCUAAAUCCGUGUCGCUCAUGACGGCUAAGCUCAGCACAUCGUUUGUUCUGGAGACAUUCAUCCACUCCAAAGAAAAGCCCACAAUGCUGCAGUGGAUUGAACUCUUGACCAAACAGUUUAACAAUAGCCAAGCUGCCUGCGAGUGGUUUUUGGAUCAGAUGGCAGAUGAUAACUGGUGGCCAAUGCAGAUUCUCAUCAAGUGUCCCAAUCAGAUUGUACGUCAGAUGUUUCAGAGGUUGUGUAUUCACGUGAUCCAGCGCCUCAGACCGGUCCACGCUCACCUGUACCUGCAGCCGGGCAUGGAGGAUGGAUCUGAUGAUAUGGACGGGCCGGUGGAGGACAUCGGCAGCCGCUCCUGUGUGACGCGGUUCGUCAAAACGCUGCUGUCAAUCAUGGAGCACGGAGUGAAGCCGCACAGCAAACAUCUGACCGAAUACUUUGCCUUUCUAUACGAGUUUGCCAAAAUGGGAGAAGAGGAGAGUCAGUUCCUCUUAUCUUUGCAAGCCAUUUCUAUAAUGGUGCAUUUCUACAUAGGCACUAAAGGACCUGAAAAUCCUCAGGUGGAGGUGUUAUCUGAGGAGGAGGAGGGUGAGGAGGAUGAAGAGGAGGACAUCCUCUCACUGGCGGAGGAGAAGUACAGGCCGGCCGCUCUGGAGAAGAUGAUUGCUCUCAUAGCUCUGCUGGUGGAGCAGUCCAGAUCUGAGAGACACUUGACUCUGUCUCAGAGUGACAUGGCCGCGCUGACCGGAGGAAAAGGUUUCCCCUUCCUGUUCCAACACAUCCGAGACAGCAUCAACAUCAGACAGACUUGCAAUCUCAUCUUCAGCCUCUGCAGAUACAACAACCGCCUGGCAGAACACAUCGUGUCAAUGCUGUUCACCUCCAUCGCUAAACUGACUCCAGAGGCGGCAAAUCCGUUCUUCAAGCUGCUGACGAUGCUGAUGGAGUUUGCUGCUGGUCCUCCGGGAAUGCCCUCGUUUGCGUCCUACAUCCUGCAGAGGAUCUGGGAGGUGAUCGAGUAUAACCCGUCUCAGUGUUUGGACUGGUUAGCCGUUCAGACUCCGCGUAAUAAGCUGGCUCACAGCUGGGUCCUGCAGAACAUGGAGAACUGGGUGGAGAGGUUUCUGCUGGCGCACAACUACCCACGAGUCCGAACAUCGGCAGCGUAUCUGCUGGUGUCUCUCAUCCCGAGCAACUCCUUUCGUCAGAUGUUCCGCUCCACGCGCUCUCUUCACAUCCCCACGCGGGACCUCCCGCUGAGUCCCGACACCACCGUGGUUCUGCACCAGGUCUACAAUCUGCUGCUGGGCCUGCUGGGCCGGGCCAAGCUCUAUGUGGACGUGCCGGUGCACGGGACCACCAAACUGGUGCAGUACUUCAGCUUUAUGACCUACUGCCUCAUCUCCAAAACCGAGAAGCUCAUGUUCUCCAGCUACUUCAUGGACCUCUGGAACCUCUUCCAGCCUAAGUUAUCAGAGCCAGCCAUCGCCACAAAUCACAACAAGCAAGCGCUUCUGUCCUUCUGGUAUAACGUCUGCGUGGACUGCAGCGAGAACGUGCGUCUCAUCAUCCAAAACCCUGUCGUCACUAAAAACAUCGCCUUCAACUACAUCCUGGCCGAUCACGACGAUCAGGAGGUGGUGCUGUUCAAUCGCGGGAUGCUUCCGGCAUACUACGCCAUCCUGCGCAUGUGCUGCGAGCAGUCGCCCGCCUUCACCCGCCAGCUGGCGUCUCACCAGAACAUACAGUGGGCCUUCAAAAACCUCACGCCCCACGCCAGCCAGUACCCAGGGGCGGUGGAGGAGUUGUUUAACCUGAUGCAGUUGUUUGUGGCUCAGAGGCCUGAUAUGAAAGAAGAAGAGCUGGAGGACGUGAAGCAGUUCAAGAAGACCACCAUCAGCUGUUACCUGCGCUGUCUGGAUGGGCGCUCCUGCUGGACCACUCUCAUCAGUGCCUUCCGUAUACUGCUGGAGAACGAUGAGGACAGACUGCUGGUGGUGUUCAACAGAGGACUCAUCCUCAUGACUGAGUCCUUCAACACCCUGCACAUGAUGUACCAUGAGGCCACUGCGUGUCACGUGACUGGUGAUCUGGUGGAGCUGCUGUCUAUUUUCCUGUCUGUUUUAAAGGCAAUGCGGCCCUACUUACAGCGCAAAGAUGUGAAGCAGGCGUUGAUCCAGUGGCAGGAGAGGAUUGAUUUCGCUCAUAAGCUGCUGACGCUGCUGAACUCUUACAGCCCACCAGAGCUGCGUAACGCCUGUCUGGAUGUGCUGAAGGAGCUGGUGCUCUUGAGUCCUCAUGACUUUCUGCACACGCUCGUGCCCUUCCUGCAGCACAACCACUGCACCUACCACCACAGCAACAUCCCCAUGUCGUUUGGCCCGUACCUGCCCUGUAGAGAGAAUAUCAAGCUGAUGGGCGGAAAGAACAACAUUCGUCCUCCCAGACCGGAGCUCAACAUGUGCCUGCUGCCCUCGAUGGUGGAGACCAGUAAGGGUAAGGAUGAUGUGUAUGACAGGAUGUUGUUGGACUACUUCCUGUCGUAUCAUCAGUUCAUUCACCUGCUCUGUCGAGUCGCCAUCAACUGUGAGAAGUUCACCGAGACUCUGGUGAAACUCAGUGUGUUGAUAGCAUAUGAAGGACUUCCUUUACACCUGGCUCUCUUUCCAAAACUAUGGACAGAACUCGCUCAGUCUCAGUGUGCGAUGGCUCAGUCGUGUGUGAAGCUGUUGUGUGAGGAUCCAGCAUUUGGAGAAUACAUGAAAUGCAUCCUGAUGGACGAGAGAAACUUCCUCAACAACAACAUCGCCUACUCCUAUCUCACCUGCUUCUUACAUAAAGUGCAGGUGCAGGUGUUAUCAGGCCAGAGCUGCUCGAAUCUCGUCAAUGUGUUGGUGACCAACCUACUGAACGAGUACCACAGCCUGCAGCCUGAGCUGACCAAUCAGAGAGCAGAGAUGAGCAAGACCAGCAGCCUCCUGAACGCAGAUCUGCGUGCGCUGCUGCUGGUGCUGUCGGUUUAUGCCCCUCAGCAGCUGGACCCUGCUUUAGGCCCGGCUCUACAGGAGCUGCUGUCCAAAUGCAGACUGUGUCUGCAGCACCACGCCACAUUAGAGAUGGAGGCCAAGGAACGCAAAGUCAGAGUGGAAGAGGAAGGCGUCACUCCAGUGAAGCGCCGGCGGGUGAGCAGCAGUGCUGAGGAUCGGCCGGCAGACAGCGUUUGCCCGCCAUCUACUUCCUCCUCAUUGGCUCCCUGCUUGGAGCAGAAGGCGGAGCCAGGGGAGGCGUUUACGCCAACCAGCACUUCGGACACUGAAACCCGAGACUCCUCCCUCAUCGACCCAGGAGUGGAAAACGACCCGCCCUCUCCCGACAGUGCGUCCCUCGAGGAGAAGAAAAUGGAAGUUUCUUCGUCAUCCUCAUCCUCAUCUUCGUCAUCAUCCUCCUCCUUUCCCGAAGCGUUCGGCCGAACGGACGAACCUCCACCGCAGAUAGCUGGAAGAGAGGAGGAGGAAGAGGAGGAUGGGCGGAAGGAAACGCAAGAGCAGGAGGCGGAGCCAGAGCGAGAGGAAGUGCCCUCCACUUCCUCCUCCUCUGCAGACUCGGUGCUUUUACUCUCCAGCCUGCCGGAUUCUGCCGAGGGGCGGAGCUGCUCGCUCCAGGAGGCGGAGUCAGGCGGAUGUGGCCACGCCCCCGUGCAGGAUGCUCUGGAGAUGCUGUCGCGCACAGUUGAGGCCACUAUCGCUGUGGUUGCCAAACUUUCGAACGGGAAAGGAGGGACACGCCCCUCGGCUUUGUGACGUUACUUUCACGUCGCUCCUUUUUCCGCAUUUCACGUUUUUUCGUUCGCCAUGCUGUUCAGAUUUGUCUUUUUACGAAUAAUUGAAGUCCAACUUUUUUUUCCUUUUCCCGCCGUUUGGCCUCGCUCUUCAUCUGUUUCGUGUUGCAACACAAAAAGUUCUGUUUCCGGGUUCCAGAAAACUGAGCUCCGCAUUAAUUGAACAGAAUGAAAAACCAACUGGAGCGUCUUUUUUUUCAAAGGGCAGGUUUUUUCUUUUUUAAACCGUGAUUUUGUUGGUUUCUUUGUUUUGAAGUGGUUUGUUUUCGAGGCUGCAGUGAAACAGGGAAAAGGUUUACAA